UGGUGAGCAGAGCGCGCUGGAUCUUUUUGGAAGGUGCUCUGUUUGCAGUCGCUCCGUCGCCAAAGUAUCGCAGUCAUUUCCCACUACCCUACUGCCUGGUCAAGGGAAUUCAGAAUAAUGGCGUGUCUCCUCACGGCUGUGCUGUUUUCUGUGGCUCUGCAGGCACUACGGCUCUGGCCCUCAACUGUGUCUGCGACUAUUCACAUGAUGCUUGCACAAACGAUUCUUGCAGAGUUGAUUUUAUGUUCCACCAAGUCCACUGCGAUGUGGCAGUAGGCGUGUAUCUCAACGGUACCAUCAAAUCUGUAGUCCACAGUUGUAUUGAUGACUUUGUUCACAAUGAGUGCCGCACGCAUCCAUCUCCUUCCGAUGACGGCACGUUUUACAGUGAGUUGUCUAAUCAUUUUCUUUGAAGGAAUUAACUUUCGAUUCUCCUUCCUGCAGCCUAUUAUGCCUGCUGCAAUGACAGAGACUACUGCAACAAGUGUAUUAUACCUAAGGAGUUACCAGACGCAGCGUACAGGAUGAUGGGAUCGUGGCUGGAUCUAGACUGUAACUUUACACUGCCCCAGCCGUCCUUGAGUCUCUCUCUCACCCACACACUGCUAGACUUACCUUCCACUGCAACUCCCUCUCCUCCUGGAGACUCAUUGAGUCUGUCAAAGCCACAGGUGUAUGCCAUGGCUGGCAUGUUGGGCUUAGUGUGUGUGUGUCUGGUCGUGGCCGUGGUGGUCAUCAUCUACGUCUGGUGCAAGAGAAACGAGAGGCACAAGACUGCCAGUUUGGGCAGCCUCCCGACAUUUGAAGAUGAUCUCCUGGAGACCACAAAUAUGACCAGCGGCAGUGGAUCGGGUCAAAGGUUACUUGAGCAACGAACCAUCGCACGGCAAAUCAAGAAGAUAGAAAUUGUUGGGAAAGGACGCUACGGAGAAGUGUGGCUGGGUGAGUGGGGUGGAGAGAGUGUGGCUAUCAAGAUCUUCACUUCACAGGAUGAAGACAGCUGGGCUCGAGAGGGAGAAGUGUAUGGUACAUACAUGCUGCACCAUGACAACAUUGCCAAAUUCAUUGCCUGUGACAAGAGGCCACUCAAUCUAGGGUUUGAGCUAUGGAUGGUCAUGGAAUAUCACCACAACGGCUCCCUACUUGACUUCCUCCUCAUCCACAGUCUCACAGCAUACCAGGCUCAGAGAUUUGUUUACUCCAUUGCCAGUGGUCUCCACUAUUUACAUGUGGACAUACAGACAGGUGCUCAGAUAAAGCCAGGGAUAGCACACAGAGACCUGAAGAGCAAGAACAUUCUUGUGAAGAGCGACCACUCCUGCUGCAUCUCUGACUUUGGUCUGGCUGUGCGACAUGUCGGAGCUACUGGUCAUGUCGAUAUAUCAAGCAUCAACCCGAGACAGGGAACAAAGCGAUACAUGGCUCCAGAGAUCCUAGACGGCAGCAUCAACUACACGAAAUUUGACUCCUACAAGAUGGUGGACAUGUACUGUUUCGGUCUCAUCAUCUGGGAGGUUGCACGCAGAACUAGUAAUAGAGCAGAGGAGUAUCAGUUGCCGUACUUCCAGCAUGUGAGUCACGAUCCCUCGAUGGACGACAUGAGAAAGGUUGUAUGUACCGACAGUAUUCGGCCCACCAUAGCGUCUUGGUGGAGCGAAGAUGAGGUAAACCUUGUUUGUGCACAAAUUGAAAUGAUGAUCAUAACCUGACGUUCACAUCUAGUGUACCACCUGCAUCCUUCUAUAUAUCAGUGAGGUCUUAAUAAUAGGCCAUUCAAUUCCUCAUCAAAACUACAAGCCCUUGCUUUGAGUGGUAUUCAUCCUUUUAUCCUUCAUUAGCUCUUAAGGAACUACCAUGAAACAUGCAUAGGCCUAUGAAUGCAAUUUGUUUUGCCUUCAUUUCCAUGUCUGUAAACAUGGUCCUUUCAUAGACAUACACCACGAGAGAGAGGCAUCAUUAAUACAUCAUCCCUUUUCCCUCUAAGAGCAGCAACGACACUAAAGUAGGGUGUAGGAUUGAAGGCUAGGCCAGAUUCAGUAUGUGUAUAUAUGGGUCGUGACUCACAAGACAGAACUUGUUUCAACGUGAUCAAACAUAAUGUAGCCUAAAUGUGCCGACCUCUUCUUCACACAGUCUGGAAAUGUGUUGACAUUAUGUACAAGUACACACCUAUCCUAGUCCAGAUCAAUAAGGGUCAGCACUGGAUUAAAAUAUUAUACACCACUUAUGAGGCAAUCACAGUAGAUAGCUACAGGCUGCACGAAACACCACAUAUAGAGGCUCUGUGAUAUAAUUACGUGUCUGUGUCUUGUUAAGUGUUAUUUUUCCAACCACAACUGCUUUCCAUGUGGUACUAUGAGUAAGACGAUAAGUCAUAAGGAACUAUGCAGAUUUAGGAGGCCGCGGAGCUGGCGUUCCUAGUGCAAUGAGGAAAAUUACAGCAGGCUCCGAGGCUUCAUAAAUCGCAUGGCUCCGUCUGUGACUAGUCGUCUAACUACAACUGCAAGGAGAUAGGGCAUUACAGAAACAAGCUGCCUUAGGGUGGUCACAAAAAGCAA